AUGGCUAAUGGCUUAGUUAUUCGUGUGUUGCCCACUUUGGAAUCUUCUGAGCCGCACAAUUUUGUCGAACCGAUCAAGAAGAUCCACGAAUCGCAAGAUGUUUCGACUUUCUUGACCUCCAAAGCCUAUACUAAUAUCAUGACGUGGAUACUACAACUCAACCGAUCUAUGUUUCCAGUGAAGCUGGCCGACGAUACUAUACAGACAUGGCCUCUAAACAGCGAUGCGAUACAAUAUUCCGCUCCGGUCCGACAAUUGCAGCGACUUCUCUCGAAACUCGAAGAUAUCAUACAGGAGGUCCCACCAGAUACCGGCCCGCGGAGGUUUGGAAAUAUAAGCUUUCGAAGGUGGUGUGAGGUGGUCGAAAGUCGUGCAUCCAACCUACUGAGGGAAUGCCUACCCGCCGACCUCUUGGAUAGGGGAUCAUCGAACGGGGACCUAACGGCGGAGAUGGAGUUGAAAUCAUAUUUUUUGGGCAGCUGGGGAAGCGGCCAGCGACUGGACUAUGGUACUGGUCAUGAACUGAGCUUCUUGGCUUUCCUGUGUGGCAUAUGGAGGCUGAAUGGAUUUCCCGCGGCCGGUCCAGGCGUCGAGGAACGAGCUAUCGUGGUCGGGGUGUUUCAUCCAUAUCUGGAACUUGUCAGACUGCUCAUCAAGACCUACAAUCUUGAACCUGCUGGCUCCCACGGCGUCUGGGGUCUUGAUGAUCAUUCCUUCGCCCCUUAUAUCUUUGGAUCUGCACAACUCUCACCUGCAAUCACAGACAAUGACCUAACUCCCGAAGAAGGCUCACUGGAAAAUGCACCUGACCCGGGCGGGGUCGCUAAUGCAAAUAUUGUUCAAAGGGAACGCCGAACUAAUCUCUAUUUUUCCGCUAUCGGUUUUAUUUAUGAUGUUAAGAGAGGUCCAUUCUGGGAACACAGUCGCAUGUUGUUUGACAUUUCUGGCAUUCCAGCUGGCUGGGGCAAGAUCAAUAAGGGAAUGAUCAAGAUGUAUAACGCGGAAGUCCUCUCGAAAUUCCCCGUGGUACAGCACUUCCCUUUCGGGUCAUUAUUCAGCUGGGACCGUGAUCCAAAUGCCCCUCUGCCUCCUUCCACGGUUCAUGCCACAUCUGGUCCUCAGGCACGCCCUGUUGCGCCAGAUUGCGGCCCUCCAUCUGUUGCCGGUGCGCGUCCUAUGCCUGGGGCAGGCACGCAGUCUGUUCCCCCAAUGGUCUCGACAGCAGCUCCAUGGGCGGGGAUGAGAAGAGAAGGAGUCCCAACCUCCAUGCCUAGCGGUGCAACCCGGGCUCCCUCUGUUCUUCCAGAUACUUCAAGGAUGCCUCCAGGUCCCAUGGCACCCACCAGAGCGCCUUGGUCUGUCCAACCUCGGCCUUCACAUUCACAGGAUGGAAAUGGCGAUGUGCACACCAAGGCUCCCUGGGCGAAAUGA